CCUCUGAAAGUGGAAGAAGUUGAGUCUCCUCAGUCAUCCGCCGGCGCCGCCUCCUCUCCUCUCCUCUGCUCUGCUCUCCUCUCUUCUCCUCUCCGCUCCUCUCCGCUGCGGAGGACAGAGGACAGACACAGCGGAAACUUCUGCGAGGGGACGCGGGAAGGUAGGGCCACAGAGAGCAGAAACCCACCACUGCUGCUGCCGAGCCCCUCGGGAGAUCUGUCCAGGCUUUUUCUACUUCUGCAAGGUCUUGUCCAGGAUCCAUCGCCAGUUGCUGAUCAACACGCCGCAGAGGCUGCUAUGUCUGUCUGAGCUCACGGAUCCUCUUUCAGCCAUGGCCCAACAGAGCGCUGAGCUGUCCCACUGCUAGGCGACGGGGCAUCCGAGAGGGCAGAAGACAUGUUGGGACAGACUCCCAGGGAGCACUGCACUGAAGUCUGUUACUAUAGCAAAUACUGUAGUAACCAUGGAAACGCUAUGGAGGACUCGUCUGGUCUGCACUGUCAUCCUCGCAAUGUUGGCCACCGAGAUCGAAGGAGGUCACAGAGAUGAGUUCGCUCAUUCGCAAGCUGCUUUCCUGUCCAGUCUAGGCCAGUAUGAGAUUGCCAUCCCAGUACGUGUAGGACCUAAUGGUGAGACGCUGGACGCAGAAACGCCUCAACACCACCAAAGAAGAAGACGUAGCUCUGAGGACAGACUGCCUGACUCUCUCUUCUACCAACUAUCCACAUCCCGCAACAACUUCCUGAUGAACCUGACGCUGCAGGGAGGCCUGCUGUCCCGGCAGUUCAGGGUGGAGUACUGGAAGAGAGGUCGAUUAGCCUGGAGCCACCCUUACUCUCCGCACUGCCACUAUGUAGGACACCUCCAAGACCAGCCACACUCAAGCAAAGUGGCCCUGAGCAACUGUAACGGCCUGCAGGGGGUGAUUGUUGCAGGGGGAGAGGAGUACCUGAUUGAACCCCUUGUCUCACCAGAUAACCAGACCCGGACAGAGAGGGGGGAGAGAGCAGAGGGGCGCCCCCAUGUGGUUUACAAACGGUCAUCGCUCCGCCAUCAGUACAAGGGCCAAUCCUGCGGAGUCAUUGACGAGAAGCCGAUGAAAGGCGCUUCGUGGUGGCAGCGAACUCUGAAGACGCCUCCUCAUCACGUCGGUCGCGGCCAGCUGCCUCUGAAGCGCUCAGUCAGCCGGGAGCGCUACGUGGAGACGCUGGUGGUUGCAGACAAGAUGAUGGUGGGUUACCAUGGUCGCAGAGACAUCGAGCAGUACAUCCUGGCCGUCAUGAAUAUUGUUGCCAAACUGUUCCAGGAUUCUAGCCUGGGGAACGCAGUCAACAUUGUGGUGACGCGGCUCAUCCUGCUCAUGGAAGACCAGCCGACAUUAGAGAUCAACCACCAUGCAGGGAAGUCUUUAGACAGCUUCUGUAAGUGGCAGAAAACCAUCCAGCACCGGAGCAGCUACGGUAACGCCAUACCUGACAAUGGGAUCGCUCACCACGACACUGCUGUGCUUAUCACCAGGUACGAUAUUUGCAUCCAAAAGAACAAGCCCUGUGAAACCCUAGGUCUGGCUCCUGUAGGAGGGAUGUGUGAGCCAGAGAGGAGCUGCAGCAUCAAUGAGGACAUUGGCCUGGGAACGGCCUUCACUAUCGCCCAUGAGAUAGGACACACGUUCGGGAUGAACCAUGACGGUAUGGGGAACGCCUGCGGGCCCCGCAGCCAGGAGACUGCCAAGCUGAUGGCUGACCACAUCACCAUGAAGACAAACCCGUUCAUCUGGUCCGCCUGUAGCCGGGAUUACAUCACCAGCUUCCUGGACUCAGGUAUGGGCUCCUGUCUGAACAACAUCCCACCCAAGCAGGAGUUUGUCUACCCCACCACAGCACCGGGCCAGGCUUAUGAUGCAGACGAGCAGUGUCGCUUCCAGUACGGUGUCAGAUCUCGGCAGUGUAAAUACGCGGAAGUCUGCAGUGAACUUUGGUGCAUGAGCAAGAGCAAUCGUUGCAUCACCAGCAGCAUUCCCGCUGCAGAAGGCACCAUCUGUCAGACCAACACCAUAGAGAAAGGGUGGUGCUACAAGCGGGUGUGUGUGGCGUACGGGACUCGUCCGGAGGGCGUGGACGGAGGUUGGGGUCUGUGGUCCCCCUGGGAGGAGUGCAGCAGGACGUGUGGAGGAGGAGUCUCCUCUUCUAUCAGACACUGUGACAGCCCCAGGCCAACCAUUGGUGGAAAGUAUUGUCUGGGGGAGAGAAAGCGCUUCAGGUCCUGCAAUAUUGAUGAGUGCGCUGCAGGUUCUCGGGAUUUCCGGGAGAUCCAGUGCUCUGACUUUGACAGCGUUCCUUUCCGGGGGAAGUUUUACACCUGGAGGCCAUACAGAGGGGGUGGGGUAAAGCCCUGUUCUCUCAACUGCCUGGCGGAAGGAUACAACUUCUACACUGAGCGUGCUCCCGCUGUGGUGGACGGCACUCCUUGCAGAGACGACUCUCUGGACGUGUGUGUAAACGGAGAGUGUAAGCACGUAGGCUGCGAUCGCAUCCUCGGCUCGGACGUUCGCGAGGACCGAUGUCGGCUCUGCGGCGGUGACGGGAGCAGCUGUGUGUCCGUGGAGGGGCUCUUCAAUGACUCUCUGCCCGAAGGAGGUUAUGAAGAGGUGGUCAGAAUUCCCAAAGGAUCAGUGUUCAUCCACAUACAGGAACUCAACAUCUCCCUCAACUACCUUGUGCUGAAGAGUAAAGGGGACCAGUACUUCAUCAACGGGAAGCUGACCAUUGACACGCCACGUAGGUUCGAGGUUGCUGGCACCACCUUCCACUACAGGCGACCCACGGACGGACCAGAAACUCUGGAAGCUCUCGGACCAACAAACAUGACCCUGAUCGUCAUGGUGCUGGUGAGGGAGGAGAACCCAGGGAUCCACUAUCGCUUCAACCCCCCACUGAACAGGGAUCCUCUGACUGGCUUCGCCUGGCACUUCACCUCCUGGUCACGGUGCUCGGCUCUCUGUGCUGGAGGUGUGCAGAUCCAGCAGGUGGUGUGCAGGAAGCAGACAGACCAUUCAGUCGUCUACCACCACUUCUGUGACAAGAAGAGCAAACCCAAAGAGAAGAGAAGAUCCUGCAAUACUGAGCCGUGCUCACCAAGCUGGUCGACAGGAGGUUGGUCGGAGUGCAGCCGUAGCUGCAACGGCGGCCUGCGGACGCGGGAGGUGUUGUGUAAAAGGAGGAUUUCUGGGACAGAGGAGAAGGUCCUCGAUGACUCAGCGUGCACCCCCGUGCGCCCCUCUCUCACUGAGCCCUGCAGCAACCACAGCUGCCCCCCUGAAUGGCUGGCCCUGGACUGGUCAGAGUGCACACCCAGCUGUGGUCCUGGCUACAGGCAUCGCGUGGUCUUGUGCAAGAGCGGGGAGAGCGGUGACACACUGCCAGAGUCCAAGUGCCCCAAACAUGGCCGACCCACCUCCAGGGUGCGCUGUAACCUGCAGCGCUGCCCUCCCCCUCAGUGGGUGACUGGUCCCUGGGGAGAGUGUUCUGCAAAGUGUGGUCUGGGUCAGGAGAAGCGUUCGGUGCAGUGUCUGACCCACACCGGCCAGCCGUCCAAUGAGUGUCUGGAACAUCAGCGGCCAGCAGCCAUGCAGCAGUGCAAGAGCAAAUGUGACCUCAGUCUGCCCAUCAGUACAGACAACCCUGAAGAGUGUAAAGAUGUGAACACUGUGGCCUACUGCCCCCUGGUGCUCAGGUUCAAGUUCUGCAGCCGGCCAUAUUUCAGGCAAAUGUGCUGCAAGACCUGCCAGGGACACUGACCUGGACACCAUGAAACUCACAGCGCCCAUCUUUGGGUCCUGUACACACUCACAGUAAGCCUGAAAACCCUCCCACUGAGCCUUUUAACAGCAGCCCUCACACCCCUUCUGUCAGAGGAGUGUGAAAUCUAACUGGGACGCUGUCGGACUGAUACCUGGUCCCGUUGACCAUUGAGGGGGACCUUUUCCCAGCCAGAAUCCAGCCCUAACCACGCGCCUCUCCGGGCCGAGCUGACUUAUACAUUCCACUGGAGGGAGGGCUGCUGAACGCUGGAGAAACAGAGAGAGGGAGAGAGUAACUUCCCUCCAUCGUCUUCUGGGAGGAACCCUCUCUGCCGCUCUUUCUAAAUGAUCCCUCUGUUGUAAUAUUUUGGUGCUACUAUAUUUCACUUUGGCCGCAGGGCUGGUCGCAGUACUCUCUCACACCUGUAUGUUAACAGGUGACAUUUGUUUAGUUAUGAAUUAAAAAAAAAAACAAAACAAAAAACUCCACUUUGUAAAGAAAAUUAUUUUCCAGAUAUCUUUGCCCAAGAAAAGGAACAUGUUAUGCUAUAAAAUGAGAGAUGUCUAUGUUAUCUGAUAGUUGUUACUUGACCACGUUGUUUUAUACCAUUGCUUUGUUCCGUAUCUACGUAUCCAUCGAGUCCUCGCUGUCGUUCAGCUGAAGCAUGAGCAGAGUUUGAUUUGCACAAAGUGUCAGCGGUCCGAGGGCUUGUUUAUUUUAUGUUUGUCGAGAUGUGAUCUGACUUGAUGUCUCUGUGGAAGCUAUAAAUGUCUCACUGCAGUGAAUCCGCCAUCGUCUUGCCAUUUUGGUUAACUAGUCUGCUUAAAUGUUAUCAGCUAUACAGUAAAACAGUGCUCCACGCUGCCCAUGACACGCUGCCUGAGCACCGUGAGCACAGCCAGCGCUGACUCAGCAGGACAUUUUCAGAUGAUAGGAUGUUAUUUUGUGUUGUGGCUGCAGACUGUGGCAGCUCGUUCAUAAAGUCUUCUAAAAGGAACUUUAACGGCUCGGCUCGACGUCAUUAUCUGAAAACCCCUCAGCGCGGGGCCGCGCUGUUAAUUUCUUUUUCUGGUUUAUUUUGCCACAUGUUACCACUCAUUCAAAAGUGCUUGUAACUUUUACUGUGAGUGGAAAUUCAGAGCACAGCGAGACACAGUGAGUCAGCUCUGCCAGCAGGCACCAGCCCAGUGAGGAGGAGUGAAGACCUCUGACCGCACCGGUUUCAAAGAGCUUUUUAUAGCAGGAGUGCUAAUCUGAGGAUGGAUUUACAAACCCAUAAAAUAUCUGAUUUCUUUGUGCUGCAGAUCUGAUGUAUUUAUGGCCCUUGAAGCCAUCGUUCAGGCCGCUGUGAGAAGAUUUCUGCCACAGAUAUUUGUAAAUCUGAAUCUAUUUGAAACAGACAACUUUCCUUUGACGGACAACUUUGUGUAGCUGUCGCAAAGGCAGUGUUUGCAACAUGGCUUCCACUAGCUGUCCAAAAGAAAACCCCAUAAGAACCUGUUGUAUUGAUAAGUAGGCAAGGCAGGUUUAUUUGUAUGGCACAAUUCAGACACACGGCAACUCAAAGGCAGGUUUCGUGACUUUUUGAUGAAGUAAAACCAACCGAUAAAAGAAGGAAGCAUCACUGUGUCACUGAACCUCACCAGGGUGGCAGACUGUGGUGUUAGCUGUAAGUCUAUGUGAGAAGCAUUGGGGAAACACAAUCAGACCCGACACAUCUACAUAACAUGGCUUAUGAUUAAGACAUUUUUGCGGAAAAUGAAAUGAAAUGAAAACACUUCAGACAGGAGGUUAACCGCUAAUUUUUUUGUCCAGAUGAUAGACAGGGCUGAUAAUAUCUUGACCUAGACAGGGCCGGUCCAACCAAUACUGCUGGUGGAAAACGAAUCAGUGGUGAACCUACUCUGUGUGUGUCCUUUAAUUUUCUGGGGACAUUUCUUUAUCAGGUGCUGUGCCAUGUGGAUAUGUCAGAUUUUAGCGUGUUUCUCCACGUGUCACCCUAACAGGUUGACUUCUAACAGGUGUCACCACACUCAAGCAAGAUUCAGUGACAUAAACAACCUUCCUUCUAUUUCAGGUUCAUUGACCUCACAGAAAAAAUGCCGGUUUUGAACUGUCGUAAGUCCCAGUGGUAAGAGGAACAAUAUCUGUGGUUUACUCGUGUUUUACCUUUGGUUCAUCUCACUCUUCGCCUUCUUUGCCUCCUCCAUCAGCUGGUUUCUACAGUUAUGCAGUUGUUCCACUGUUACCUGGGAAUAGUGAGCGGGGAGAACUAUGCCUCUUCCUGUUUCAGUUGUGCAGAGGUACACUCUCGCUACCUUUGUGCUGUGAUUCAUCAUUCAUCAUUUUUGUAGCGUAGUAAAAGUGAGGUUUAUACGGAACCAAUCUGUAUGCAGACAUUUUUCUGCAGCUAUGACACUCUGAAAACAGUGUUUACUUCAGAGUGAGAAGUUAAUGCUUCCAUGAGAUCCAGCAUGACAAUUAUCUUUUUGCCACUUUGGGUCGGUGGAAACAAGCUACUAACACAACACUGACAUAUCAUCACCUGUUAAGUUACAGACUAGCUGCUAAUUUACACCUCAAGCAGUUAAAAAGCAACGUUUUUGAUCCUCACCAUCUCCUGAGAGAAACAUUUGUCUCUUUAGCUGCUCAGUGCUUCACCAUGUUCACCAGCUAGUUGCAAACUGUUUUGUGGUAAACAGGUAUUGCUUUUUAACUGAUAACAUCUCUCUGCUGCGGACAAAAUAAUAAUCGAUUAGUAAUAAUAAUAAUUGUUAAUCGGUAAUUCUGAGCUUGUUGAGUGUGAACCAAAACAGUUACAGCCAGACAGAUGAAUAAUUAACUGAAACUUGCUGUAAAGCGCCCUAAGACCCAGAAGAUUCAUUCUGCUCUUCACUUCACGCGCAUGACUUUUUAGAUUGUUACAUUCUCAUUUAUAUUAUUUCAUUUUUAUUGUAAUAAUAUUGAACAUAGCUGCUUUAAUGAAUCACUCAGCGUAUAGCCAGGUGCUGAAUUCUCAGAAACAAGAACCCAAAAAUCAGGACAGAAUGUGUACGAUCUAUAUAUGCUCCCUCUGUGAACCCUUUUCAGCUUUUAAAGUGAUGUCACCUGACCUGAAUCUACUGUAGGGAUUUGAAAUGAAGAUUUUCCCUGCCUCUUCUUUAAAAGGAGUUUCAGCUCUUUCGCCGUCUCUCAGAGACGCUUUUAGAACUGCUGGCUCAGAGACCAGUCAUCACUGUGACGUCCACUGUGCUCUGAACUCCGCUGUGGUUGGACUCAUCAGAAACGUUCACACUGAUCACCGCUGAAAGCAGCUCUGUGUCAACACUCAGUGUCACAUAAUUUCACUGUAAAGAGGAAGCUACAGUUUGUCUUUAUGGGUAUUAGCUGCAAUGUUGUUGUUUUUUUCUUGUGGUGCUUUGGUUUGGAUUUGGUGCUAUUAGAUCACUGUUGUUGUCGUUGUUUCCGAGUUAUCAUUUUAACAAGUAUGCUUUUGAUUAUGUAGAAAUCAAUUUGAGCCUUUUGUAGUGAUAUCAACCUGCAGAGCUGGUCUGAAGUUGUGCAGCUGUGUAGGGCCCCUCACCCACCAGGGAUUCCCCUUUACCAUAAUUUAAGCUCUCGAUUUACACUCCCUGACUUGCUCAAUGCAGCUAAUAGUGGCCCUUAAGUCCCGAAAUAUAGCACAUGUGGCAGAUUUAAGGAUUCUGUAACGUGCUGCAACAAUUUCUAAAGGGUCACCAUGCAAAAUGUUAGCAUUUCAAAAUGCCGUUUAAGAAUAUAGAUCCCAUUUUUUAAGUUUCAACAAAUAACUUUUGGGGACACUUCAUCGAAAUUUGGGGUCAUUAAAUCCUGUGCAGGGUCUGAAAAGCUCAAAAGGUCUGCUAAUCCAUGCAUAUGGAGCAUAGAAAUAUUAAGGAUAUUUACUUUAAAAAGUCAGUUGAGUUGUGUUUCGUCAGGGUGUACAGCUAACUCAUCCCAAUAGUUUUUCAAGGACUGAGUAGGUAGAAAUUCCAUUUGUAACAUUUUUCAAUUGCACAUACCGUUUCAGAAGAUAUUUCAGAGAAUAACUUCCAGAGGUAUUUCCUGUUUCAGCGUCUGAAAGGCAUUUUUUUUUCUCUCUGUAUCUACCUGUGCCUAUAAUAAAGGCUCACACUGAGUAGUGAGCCUGAUUUCUCUGAGUAAAUACGAGGGACAGAACCGGUCAUUGUUGUUUUGUUUUUCACAUGCUAAUUAUAACAUGACAUGUACUGUAUGUUGUUCAAUAUUAUAGAAGAUGAAUCCAUUUGUCCCCCAUGUACAUCUUUUUUAAAAAGGAAAUAUUAAAUUGAUUAAACAUGGUGCAUUGUU